ACUGACCUCUUCCAUACCCACCAUAUAUAUAUAUAUAUAUAUAUAUAGCAAGGAUCCCUAAAACAUUCUUCCUUCAGGAUUUUGGGUGCCUUGUGGAAGGACUGCAAGUACAGAGAAUCAAGGUGGUGCAAAAUCCAACCAGAUGUUAGAGGGUGGGGAAAGCUCCUCAGCAAUAGCAGCUGAUUCUUUCACGUGCCUUGGUUCAUACCCAGCUACUGCCAGAAAAAGGAAGUGCAAAAAUAGAAGGAGGUUCAGUGAUGAUCAGAUUAGGUCAUUGGAGUCCAUAUUUGUGUCUGAAUCAAAGCUUGAACCCCUGAAGAAGCUGCAGCUGGCCAGAGAACUUGGGCUGCAGCCUCGCCAGGUUGCCAUCUGGUUUCAAAAUAAGAGAGCUAGAUGGAAGUCAAAGCAGCUAGAGCAAGACUAUGGAGUACUGCAAGCUAAUUACAAUACUCUGGUUUCAGAGUUCGAAAUGUUGAAGAAAGAGAGACAGUCCUUGAUCAUACAGUUGCAGAAAUUGAAUGAUCUAAUUCAGAAGUCUCGAGAUAAAAGCCAGCAUUGCAGGGAAUGUCUGGAGGCAUCAAGCAUCAAUGAUGAAACAAAAGACGGAGACGCAACAAAAUGGGAAUCCGAAGUGAAGCCUUGCUUUAGCAUUCCUUUGGAAAGAAAAGAUCACAGAGGGGCUACCUUGUCGGACCACGAUAGCCACAUAAAAGCAGAGUACUUUGGACUGGAAGAACCCUGCCUUCUGGAUGGUUCACCUGAAAACUGGGAAAGCUUGGAAUCUGACAGCCUGUUGAAUGAGCCUGAUAGUAGUUAUGAUUGGUGGGACUUUUGGUCUUGAAUUGGAAGGAGAACAACCAAAAUGGUGGCCAAAUUUCCAAGAGAACUUUAAGGACUGCAUCUGAAAAACUCAGAAUUAUCUGCCUGAUUCAAUCUCAAAUGCUGUUUAUUUCUCCACCUUUUAGUGUACAAUAACAGUCUAGUGCUGGUCUGGGCCAGGAAAAUAGAUGUUCACACUUCAGGACAGAUACAAGGACAUGUUCCAUUAUGCUCCACAAGAAAACCGUAUUUGCUUUCUGCUCUAAUGUCUCUGCUUCUUACUCUAUAUUCGGCUUUUCAUAUGGGUAGCUUUUUCUAUAGUGUGAGAAAGAAAAGAUUCUUGCUUUUCGUGAUGGUGGGGUUUCACUCCACCCUCAUUGUUGUAAAGAAGUUAUGUAACUAGUAAUAAAUAACACUUUUUGCUGAUGUAAAUAAAAUAACAAUAAUAAUUUUCAUUUAA